UAAAAUAACAUAUUUGGGUUUCAUUCUCAUCUGGGCUACGAAAAACUUUGGUUUUAGUCUAAGAAGAAAGCUGCGGAUGAUGGCAUCUGCUCAUCUAUGGUUUUCCUCGUCCGCUCCAAAGCCCGUUUGGUUGUCGGCGUCUGCUGCUCCGGUGCCUCGCGUGAAUUCCCUGUACACUGCUAAGCCAUCGUCCCUUACUAACGAUUCCAACAACUCCAUGGCUACUACUUCCACUUCCAAGUGGGCCCAAAAAACUGUUACCCUUUCCCCUCACCGCCGAGGCUGCCAUCUUAUUACUUCCAAGAUUCUGAAUGAAAUUGGUUCGGACUUGUCAGAAUUCAAGUGCGGCCUUGCUCAUCUCUUCAUACAGCACACCAGCGCCUCUCUUACAAUCAACGAGAAUUAUGAUUCUGAUGUCCGUGAUGACACUGAGACCUUCCUCAAUAAGAUUGUCCCCGAGGGGAGAUCUGCUCCUUGGAAGCAUACACUAGAAGGCCCAGAUGACAUGCCGGCGCACAUCAAAUCAUUAAUGUUUGGAUGUCAACUGACGAUUCCAAUCACAAACGGAAAGCUUAAUAUGGGUACUUGGCAGGGAAUAUGGCUGUGCGAACAUCGUGACCAUCCUACUGCACGCAAAGUUGUGAUCACCCUUAAUGGAAUAUAAUAAGGCUUUAUGUUGUGUUUGUAAGUUGAGGUUGUUUUAUGUCUGUUUAGUGUUUACAUGUUAGUGGGACAUGGAAUGAGAUUUACUGGAUUUCAUGAAAACCGUUGGAUGAGAUAGAUUAUUGGCGUUC